GGGGCGGAUCGGGAUCCCGAGGGGCGUGCGCGCUUUGCGGAAGACCGCUUUCUCUUCGAGGGGGGCGAGGCCAUCUUCCGAGCCUGUGGGCGGGCGGGUCCUCCAGGCGUGGCCCCAGAAGUUUUGCAGGGCUUGCCCACCCACGCAACCCCCCACGUGGGUGGCUCGUGCGCCGGGAGGGGGUGGAUCCGGCCGGGAUUGCGCCGGGGGGGGGAGGUUUUUGACCCUGCGCCGGGCACCAUCGGCGCUUCACUGAGUGCAGGAGCUGCCUUAGCCAGGAGGUCCACCAUGCCGCCCGCGGAGAUCCUCAGCGGGAAGACCGUCUCCGCGCAAGUAAGGCAGAGACUGAAGAACCAGGUGGAAGAGAUGAAGGCAAAAGCACCUGGUUUCAGGCCGGGCCUUGCAAUUUUGCAGGUUGGUGAUCGGGAUGAUUCAAAUCUCUACAUUAGCAUGAAGCUAAAGGCUGCUGCUGAGGGAUCAAAGGGAUCCCACAUAUUUUCCCCCUUUUCAUCUGUCUUUAAACAGGUGUUGAGAUGCAUUAAUAAUCUGAACGAGGACCCUGCAAUUCAUGGAUUUAUAGUGCAGCUGCCCCUGGAUUCCAACAAGCCAAUUAACACUGAGAAAAUAACCAAUGCGGUGGCACCAGACAAGGACGUGGAUGGCUUGAGCAGCAUCAACGCAGGGAAGCUUUCUCGGGGGGACCUUGGUGACUGUUUCAUCCCAUGUACACCAAAGGGAUGCAUGGAACUUAUCAGGCAAACAGGCAUUCAGGUGGCAGGCAAAAGGGCCGUGGUGAUUGGGCGGAGCAAAAUAGUGGGGGCCCCUAUGCACGAUCUCCUCCUCUGGAACCAUGCCACGGUGACCACAUGCCAUUCCAAGACUGCAUCAUUGGCAGAGGAGGUCAGCAAAGCGGAUAUCCUGGUGGUUGCAGCAGGAAAAGCCGAGAUGGUGAAAGGCGAAUGGAUUAAACCCGGUGCGGUAGUGAUUGACUGUGGAAUCAACCACAUACCAGACAGUACAAAGCCCAGUGGGAAAAGGGUAGUUGGGGACGUGGCUUAUAGCGCAGCAAAGGAGAGAGCAGCUUUUAUCACCCCGGUGCCUGGUGGCGUUGGACCAAUGACAGUCGCCAUGCUGAUGCAGAGCACAGUGGAAAGCGCUCAACGUUUUCUAGAGAAAUAUCAGCCUGGCAAGUGGAAUAUUCAGUAUAACCAGCUCAGCCCUAGAACUCCUGUUCCAACCGACAUUGAGAUCUCUCGGUCUUGUGUUCCCAAGCCCAUUGGUCAGCUGGCGCGAGAAAUUGGCUUGUUGUCGGAUGAAGUGGAGUUCUUUGGCGAAUGCAAGGCCAAAAUUUCACUGUCAGCAUUGAGGCGCCUCAGAGACCAACCCAAUGGCAAAUACGUUGUGGUCACAGGCAUAACACCCACACCCCUUGGAGAGGGGAAGAGUACCACAACAGUAGGACUUGUUCAAGCCCUGGGAGCCUACCUUGGCCAGAAUGCAUUUGCCUGCGUUCGGCAGCCUUCCCAAGGACCUACGUUUGGAAUUAAAGGUGGUGCUGCUGGAGGUGGCUAUUCUCAAGUGAUUCCUAUGGAAGAGUUUAAUCUGCAUCUUACCGGUGACUUCCAUGCUAUUACGGCAGCCAAUAAUCUGGUGGCUGCUGCCAUCGAUGCCCGGAUUUUCCACGAGGCAACACAGACUGAUCAGGCUCUUUAUUCUCGCUUGGUCCCUUCAGUCGAUGGCACCAGGAAGUUUUCUGACGUCCAGAUUCAGAGGUUGCAGAGACUAAAUAUUAAGGAAACUGACCCGGGGGCUUUGACGAAUGAUGAGAUAAACAAAUUUGUGAGAUUGGAUAUUGAUCCAGACAGCAUAACAUGGCAAAGAGUGAUAGACACAAACGACAGGUUUCUGCGUAAGAUUACCAUCGGCCAGGCUCCGACUGAGAAGGGGUUAAUGCGCACGGCGCAGUUUGAUAUCACGGUGGCCAGUGAGAUCAUGGCAGUCCUGGCUCUCACAACCAGUCUGGAGGACAUGAGGCAGCGCCUGAGUAAAAUGGUGGUCGCUUCCAGCAAAAAAGGUGUUCCCAUUACUACUGAAGAUCUGGGAGUGAGCGGAGCCCUGGCGGUUUUGAUGAAAGAUGCUAUUAAGCCAAACCUCAUGCAGACCCUGGAGGGCAACCCAGUGUUCAUCCAUGCUGGUCCAUUUGCCAACAUCGCGCAUGGGAACUCCUCCAUCUUGGCAGACAAGAUUGCCCUGAAGCUUGUAGGCAAGGAAGGCUUUGUUGUGACAGAAGCUGGUUUUGGAGCAGAUAUUGGCAUGGAAAAAUUCUUUAACGUCAAGUGUCGCUAUUCUGGCCUGCAGCCCCACGUGGUGGUGCUGGUGGCCACCGUCCGAGCUCUGAAAAUGCACGGUGGAGGGCCCAUAGUCACCGCUGGAGUUCCCUUACCAAAAGAAUACGUUGAAGAGAACCUUCUGCUUCUGGAAAAAGGCUGCGUAAACUUGCGUAAACAAAUCCAAAAUGCUGUGACGUUUGGUAUUCCGGUUGUAGUGGCCGUCAAUGCAUUCAAUUUGCUGCCAAUUUUAGAAAAGAUCCGAAUUAUCUCGCAGAAGAUUUAUGGAGCAGAUGAUGUUGAGCUGCUGCCAGAAGCUGAGCAGAAAAUUAUUCAGUAUACGAAGCAGGGAUUUGGAAACCUGCCGAUCUGCAUGGCCAAAACCCACCUGUCGCUGUCUCACGACCCAGAACUCAAAGGGGUGCCCACUGGGUUUGUCCUGCCCAUUAGAGACGUCAGAGCCAGUGUGGGCGCCGGAUUUUUGUAUCCACUGGUCGGAACGAUGAGCACUAUGCCAGGACUUCCCACUAGGCCUUGCUUCUAUGACAUCGACCUGGAUCCAGCAACUGGAGAGGUGAAGGGUCUUUUCUAGAAUGGCAAAUCAAGAGUAAUCAGAGCAAUGUCUGUCUGAGGAAACCUGCCCAAGAUUACUCUGUGGACACUACAAGCCUUUGAAAUAUUUUAAACAAAAAAAAAUUAAUACUGUAUUUUAAGAGGUGAUUGACUUCUUUUAGCUGCUGCAGGUGAGAAUCUGCCUGGAGUUUUUAAACAGUGGAGCUUUUUAAAAUGGAUCCACAGUGUGGCCUUAUAGUGGUCAGUUUUUAAAUAAAGACUAGUUUUAACGGAGGUUGUAGCCGGGGGAAAUAAAUUUUGCUUGAUUAAUCAUGUGAUUUUUUUAAAAAACUGGUGUAUUACGUUUGCAGAUCAGUAAAGGCAACAUUUCCAAGUCAAA